AUUAAUUACUUCGGUAGCACUUGCUCCCGUUGAAGACUCAAUUGGAUCAUUUACAACCACAGCAGGUGCUGCAACAAUAGUACUUGGUCCACUUGAAACUUCAUUUACAGCGGGUGUCACCUCAUCAUUAAUGGUUCCUUUAGGCUCCUCAUUAAUUAGUUUGCCAUCUACUGUUGGUUCAUCGGACCGAAUCGUAACAAUCGCAGAUGAAGAUGAAGUGUCUGCGGAAACAUAUUCACUGCCUUCUGAGGGAGAAGCAUCUUUUGCUACUACUGCUGUAGUUGAAAUUGCAGCAUCUGUGAUCAAAUCCACGACUGGGCCUUUACUUGAUAUUUCUACUGUAGCUCCCGCUACACUAGUCGACGAACUUGUUUCUGUAUCUACAGUGGCAGUAUUACCGUCAGCUGUCACUGAGACAUCCGCAGCUACUGACUUAACAUUCUUGGAAGGAGUUACAUCAUCGUUCCAAAGACUAACAGUGUUAGUUUCAGACUUCUCAGCGUCAGAUGCUGGUAGCGCUGUCUCUGAAGCUUCAGAAUCUACGUCGGCCUUGAACGAUGCGUCAGAUUUUGAUGUUGCAGCAUCCCAUGAUGAUGAUGCUGUGUCAGACGUUAAGGGGAUGACGUCAUUAAUCCAGCCUUCAGAAGAUUUGGGCUUUGCAUAA